CGGUCAUCCGGCCCGCGGCGACCUUCGGCGGGGCCCAGGGGUGGGGAGGCCCGGGGCGGGGGUCGUCCCGGGCUGCGCGGGGCCGCGGGGCGGGGCUCACAGGUCGUCGGGGAGCAGGAGGCCUGGGCCGCCGCGAGGAGCCGCCGCCGGCCGCUGGGCCCUGCCGCCAGGCCUCUCGACGACGACGCUCCCGCGGGAGCCUAGCCUGAGGAGGACGCGGCGGCGGCGGCGAGGCCGCGGGAGGCCGCGGAGGAUGGAGGAGCGGAAGGAAGAGGGCGAGGCAGAGAUCCAGGAGCACGGGCCGGAGCACUGGUUCUCUAAGUGGGAGCGGCAGUGCCUGGCCGAGGCCGAGCAGGAUGAGCAGCUGCCCCCGGAGCUGCAGGAGGAGGCGGCGGCCGCGGCGCAGCCCGAGCACAAGCAACAGAAGCUGUGGCACCUCUUCCAGAACUCGGCGACCGCCGUGGCCCAGCUCUACAAAGACCGAGUGUGUCAGCAGCCAGGACUUUCUCUCUGGGUCCCCUUCCAAAAUGCAGCCACCGCCGUCACCAACCUCUACAAAGAAAGCGUGGAUACCCAUCAGCGAAGUUUUGAUAUUGGAAUUCAGAUUGGCUAUCAGCGGCGCAAUAAGGAUGUGUUAGCUUGGGUUAAAAAGCGCAGAAGAACUAUUCGUAGAGAAGAUUUGAUCAGCUUCCUGUGUGGGAAAGUUCCUCCGCCACGAAACUCUAGAGCUCCCCCAAGACUGACUGUAGUGUCCCCUAACAGAGCUACUUCAACGGAAACUAGCUCAUCUGUAGAGACUGAUUUGCAACCCUUCCGGGAAGCCAUAGCUCUGCAUGGUCUUAGUGGUGCAAUGGCUAGUAUAAGCGUGCGUUCGAGUACCCCAGGCUCUCCUACACAUGUAAGCAGUGGAUCGAAUGCUAGUCGAAGGAGAAAUGGACUCCAUGAUGUCGAUUUGAACACUUUCAUAUCAGAAGAAAUGGCACUCCACUUGGACAAUGGUGGAACUAGAAAGCGUACCUCAGCCCAGUGUGGCGAUGUCAUUACAGACUCACCAACCCAUAAACGCAACAGAAUGAUCUAAACUGAAAACAUUUUCACACCCACCAUGCUGCUUGAAAGCCACUCGAUCCUCAACAUAUACUAUUAUUGCAAAGGAAACAUGAGGCCAUCUUCCCUUGUUCACUGUUUAAAACAAGUGAAUUCUAUAGUGGUUGCCAUAAAAGGAAGUUCUAGGUAUUUACAGUAGAUGCCUCUUGUAACCAUGGCUUUCUUAAAACUAUAAUCCUAGCAGAGGACAUCAGAUAUUGUGUAGUCGUUAGCAAGAUCAUCAUAGGCAAACAUAUAUCCGUUCCGAGGCUAAAAGUGACCUUAACUGUAUUUAUUCUCAAAGGGAAAGGAAAUAUCAGAUGUUUAUUUGGUUAUAGAAUGCUUUUUUCCCCCCCUCCAUUUCCUGCUGUGUUGAGUAUUUUGCUUCAACAGUAUUGCCAGGUUCCUAAAAUUGUCUAAAACACGAUUUGGCUUCCUUGUCAAAUCUGCAGGCUUCCAUUUUUGCACAGCAGCACUGUACCGUGCACCUGGUUUCUGUAUAGUAACAGUGUGCAACUUCUAAUUAUUGGACUGUGCCCUGUUUUUAGUUUUCAACGCAGUUGCUAAUUCUGGUGAUUGUGUGAUGUAAAGAGGUGCUAUGAUGGUCAUGCAAUUAAUACUUAAUAUUGAAUCAAUACACAGAACUUUAUUGGAUUCACUUUGUGUGUGUUAGUGCUCUAAAAGUAGCAAUAUUAAAUUGCCCCCAGAUGAACCCUGUAGGCUUAAACUCCAGUUUUAAGACAAGUGCUGCUUCCCAUGCAGGGUACUAUCCUUAUGGUAAAUGUAAACAUGUAGACUGCACUCAAGGUGACCUAAAGUAGAGAGGUCAUGAACUUUGAGAGUAGGCUUCAUUUUGGAUUGGUAUUCAUGAGAGGGAGAUGAGUGGUGGGAGGGUAGGUAUUCCAGUCUUUCUGUCCUGUUUUACAUUUUUCAUGAGUGCCCUACAUUGUGCAGUUUCCAUUGGAAUGGGUGGCAGGUUGAAAAAGGUCUUUUAUCUGCUUAUAGUGUGAUUACAACUUAAAUAGCAAAACCCAACUCUCUAGUCCCGCUCCGAAAAAGUGCAGUUUGGAAUCUCAUUCUGGAAAAGAUGGAAUCGCAUGGAGGUUCUCUAGAUGUUAGGUAGACCUAAGUAAAAGUUCUCACUAGAUUCCUCUUUUGAGUAAAUAUAAGACCUCUUGUAGCUACAAUGUUUUAGAGCAUGUUUCAUCUUCAUUUUAAAUAUCUUGAACUGAAUGAUAGUCUUUUUUUAGAUGAAGAACUGAUGUCAGCCUGCCAGGUACUGUAAUUUAUUCUAUCAUAUUAUUAUAUAAUAUAUAUCAAGUAGGACAGUGAAAAAUGUUUCCUUGCAAAUUUGUAGUCCAGUAUCAGUUACUUCUUGUUUUUAUCCUUAAAAAAGACCAUUGCAAAUCCAAUGGAAGGGUUUUUCCAGUAAUUUACUCACAGCACUUUGUUAAAGUUUGCAAUUUCUUCAGCCAUUUAAUAAUAUCUUUAUGUGAAGAAACUUUGCUAAGUUAACCAUAAUAUUCAUUGACUGGGUGGGAUGUGAAUGGUAUGUUAGAAAUGUGUGAACUGAAGUUCCUAUAAUCAUUAUAUAUAAAACCUUUAUUUAAAAAAAUCAAUUCCAUACUAAAACUAGGAAUGAAAGUGAGGUAUUUCUAAAUUUUGGCAAAAGUGGAUCAUUUUUGUUUAAAUAUUAUAGCAGGAAGAACUACAGCAAUCUGUUAUUUUACCUGAAAUGGACAAGCCUCUGUAUUACGAAUACUUUCAAGCUGCCCUUUGGAUGAAACCAAGAAAUGCAUUUGGAGAUAUCUAUGUUUUUCUGUCUUUGUAAAUUUAGAUUCUGGAAUUGGGGGUUGGUGGUGCGGUGAGCUGCUCACAAGUGGCCAGAACUCCUACUCCUAAAGGAUUUUUUGAGAUUGAGGAACGCAUAUUUAAUCUCCCCUUUAUGCCUUGGUUCUAGUUCCUCUUUCCAAGUUGAGUGACAGUUUUUGGGGGUUUUUGUUUUAGUUGGUGCUCUGAUACUUAAUCUCAGUACCCUUUAUUCUCGAUUGUCAAAUUUUGAUAAAAUAUGUGCCAUUUUCUUUGGUAAGAGAAAGCAGGUCUUAUUGUCUGCCAGAACACAAUUUAUAUGCCUUAUUGGCUCCAUUAAACUUUUUGAAAACUUUAGUAUUUGUUACUUUUUUCCAUUGCAUUUAAUCACCUGUAACUCCCUCCUUCCUUUUCCAUCCCAUUGUUCUGUCCUGUGCCACCUGAGCACAGACUAACCCUGAGACCCAAGAUUAGAGAGGAAAAUGAUUUCUCUUAGGAAAAGUUAGUUCUGACUGCUAGAUUUUUGAAGCCUUUCUUUGUACCAUUUUAGAUACAAAACAAAUCAUGGAAGAUUGCGUAUUUGUGUGGUACUUUUUAAAUAACGAUAUACACACACACACACACAUAUAUAUCUUUUUUUUUUUUCAGUUUCUUGAGAACAUUGUAGGCUGAAUUUUAAAACUUAACACUUUGCUUUUGGGGGAACAGAACCUCUUUUCAUCUUAAUGUAGAUUAUUUGAUUCUUUUAGACAUCAUAGCUCAUUAGUUCUGUUCCUGUCAUCCUAACUUGGCAUGAGUGGGUUGAAGUCAUCCUAUACUGCAGUGUUCUGAGCAUGGCUGAAGCAUUAAAAACUGAAUUAUAAUGUCUGGUAUUUUAUAGAGCGAAAUUAAUGGAAGACAUUUGGCUGAAUCUGAAGACCUGCAGUCAAAUUCUUCAUUGUGGUUUACCCAACUGGAGUAGUGGUAUACCUUAAAUCAUUCAAUGAAUAAAUAAUUUAAAAAAAACAAAAAACUAUGGGGUUUGUCUGCAGUUUUGUUUUGGUCAUCACACCUGAAUAACUAUUCGAUGUAUUCAAAUGAAGUCUAGGCUUUAAAAAAAGGACUAACUAGUCUUCUACAUCUUUUUCCUAAGGGCAAUUGGAACUCAUUAAACUUGAGUAAUUGUGACUUUGGGUUUUUUUUACUGUAGUGAAAGCUGGGUAAGUUCCCUGUGUAGUAAGGGGAUGGCUAAGGUCUGACCGUGAGGAUGAGCCAAUGUCUUAGUGCAGUGAAGGUGCAAGAUGCCAAGAGGUGAUUUGGAAAUGGCGCCUUUAAUAGGGGACAUGAACAACACAGUUCAUUUUUGAAAAUUAUGAACAAAUUAAAUUUUGGGCAUGAUUACUGCCUACAUUUUUUUUGAGAGGUUGUAGUGACUAUGUUAGUAAAUCUCACUGCAUUCUAUUUCAUACAACUGUCACUUUAUUAGGUUGAUUACUUAGGUGUCUAGUGCUGAGGUUUGGAAUCUGCAGAAGUAUAUUCUACCCUUUUGGAAUGGAGUGACUUGGAAGCACCCUACAAACAAGGUCAGAAAAAAACCCUUGUUUAUUAAAGUUAAACUUAAGGUCAUUAAAGAUGAUCGUUCUGAUCAGAUGUUUAUAGUGCUUGCUCUCCCCACCCCCUUCGAAAGCUUUUAUAACUUUGAUCAGUUCAGAUGACUUCCAGACUUCACACGGGAAUGUUCCUGAAGUGUAGGAUGUUUAGUGGGGACUGUAUUUUGGCUGUUACUCCAUGUGUUGGACUGAUGCAUUUCAUGUGGUGAGAUCCAGGGCUUUACUUCCUGUGAUAGGGCAUUCAUGUUCUCUGUCAAGUUCAGCAGAUAGCAGCCUGUGACAUGAGAGGGUUUUGAGGGUUUGACACAAAUUUGUAGCCUUCAGCAAAAGUGGGAAGUUGCAUUGCUAUUCCAAGUUUCUGAAAGCCCCUCAUUUUAUUUGUAUUGAAUUAGUGCUUUAAAGAGCCUCUAAAAAUGUAAAAAUCAAGGCACACAACAGCUUAUAUAAGCAUAUGCAGAUCUUUUUUGCAUCAGAAUAUAUAUGGUGAUGUCUUAUGGCCAAAUACUACACCAUUGUAUGGGUGAGCCUUUAUAGGAGUUAUGGUUUUUCUUAAUAUGUUUUGUUUUGAUUUUUUAGAGAGGAAGGGAGAGAGAGAAACAUCGACUGGCUGCUUCCUGCAGGCCCCCUAC